AUGAAUAAUUACAACCAAGUCACGCCCCUGAAGUUGGGUAGUGGGUCUAAGGCGCAAGCGAACAACGAUGCAUCUAUGUCUUCUGGUAUAAAAAGCCAGUUUCAGGAUAGUGGUUCGUCUUCUGUAAGCGGUAAAAAUUCAAUAGAUACUGUUCAGUUUGAUGCGUUGAAGUCUUGCGGCAGUGGAUACAUUGGAUUUCAAAGUGGUCGUCAUAACAGUAGUUUUGUACUGCAGCAGCAACAUAAUGGAGGCACUCUCAGCAGCCACACUAUACCUCAAUCAACCAUUGCUGGGAAUGCUGUAAAAGUUCCUGACAAUUUAUGUAUACCUGAUUAUUCUCUCUUCUUUUCUCCAAAAGAUGCGUAUGCUAAUAAACCCCCUGGGUUGAUUAACUGGAUUGAUAGACAAUACGCCAGGGCUACACAGGAGAAGUUUAAUGAGGUAAAGAUGAAGAUGUUUAUUAGUCAAGCAAAUAAACUAAUUUCCAAGGCGUAUGCCACUAACAAAGAAUGGAAGAAUGACUGGUUCCAGCAGCCUCACGUGCCUGUAUUUAGUAGAGGUGGUCUGACACCUCCAAUGCAAUUACAAUGCGAAAUGAACGAAACUGCAUACAAUAAUAAGCGAAAGCUUGUCAUUACAGAAACUGUACUAGAUUCACCAUCUCCUGCUCAAUCCGUUGCAGUGGGUAAAAACUUGAAUAGUAGUAACAAAGCUGGCUUUACUCAGCAGCCACAUUUACCUCGAUCUGGACUGCACGACAAGAAAUCCCUAACAGAACAAGAUAGAAAGAGACGAAGACUAGAGCGGUUUGCUGCUAGUGGAUCGGCAUCGAAGAAAAACACAGUUGCUGAUGAUGACGAUUUCUCUAACUUAAAUGCCACAAGUAAUCAUUUCUACAAGUUUGACAAGAAUAAUCCUGUGGUAGGGCGUUGUAACACGUUGGAAAAAAGGUACCUACGAUUAACAAGUGAACCUGAUCCCAACAAUGUUCGUCCGCUACAUAUUUUGGAAAGAGCUUUUCAAUUUAUAAUGGAGAAGCGUCAGAAGCAAGCAUCAUAUGCUUACCUUUGUGACCAGUUUAAAUCCAUCAGACAGGAUUUGAAGGUCCAGCUUAUAGAGAAUGAUUUUACUUUAAAGGUAUACCAGACGCAUGCGAAACUUGCAUUAGAAAAUGGGGAUUUGGGUGAAUAUAACCAAUGUCAGGGUAGUAUCAGUGAACUAUUUGAACAGAAACACAUAGAAAAUAAGCAUUUUGCUGAAUUUAUGAGUUAUCGUAUUUUAUAUCACUUGUUGACUGAGGAUCAUGCUUCAAUUAAUGAGAUCCGGUUAAAAUUAUUGGUUGAGUAUAAUGAUUUGUGUAAUGACCCAAUGAUUGAGUUAUCUCUAAAUAUGGCACAAGCUCAAUCUCAGGGAGAUUAUCAUUCUUUUAUGAAGCUAUAUGGUAAGACAGAGGGUCCAAUGAAAAGUUUAAUAAAUGAAUUUAUCAAGCGGGAAAGGCUAAAAGCCUUGAAAACGAUGUGUUGUGCCUACAAUCAAUUACGGUUGUCUUUUUUAGUUUCAGAAUUAAGUCUCAAGGAUGAAGAUGAAACCUUCCAGUUUUUGACUGAUUUCGAUUUAUUCGAUUUUGUGGUCUUACCUGAGGGUGAUGCGGACACUAUGUAUUUGAAUUUUAAAGAAUGUCGAUCUACUAUUUUAAGUCGCUAUAAUAAGCCAGUAAAGGUUGAUAUUAAGGGACAGAAGUGA